AUGUCUUCUCUCGAUGAGAUCUACCAAUCAAGCUCAUACGGAAUUUACACCGGAGUUUGGACCAACUGGAGCAAAGGACGUAUUUUUGGGGCGACAUUGACAGUGAACAGGCGCGAGGGUGCACUCUUGAUUGCCUUCCUCGCGCUUUUUGUCAGCGUUGUCGGAACCCAUUUCUGGAGAGUUGCUUGUUUCGCGCUUCACCGUGUGUUUUCUACCGAGGCAGCACAGGAUGCUCUCCAUCAUCAGCGCCAAAUAAUCCUUCGGAAUUCGGCCAAUGGUACAAGUGGCCUUGUCAACCUAGCCAAUAUUCUAUGGACGUGGAGCCGGAAGAAGCUUGUCAGGAAGCCUUACCAAAGGACUCUACCGCUAAUUGGUUUUGCGCUACUCUGCAUGGUCGCUUUUGGUCUGGCAGGUACCUUUUCCUCUAAAAUAUCUACUGCAUCAGGAAACGACGUCCUUAUCAAAGGUUCAAACUGCGGAAUACUAGACUCCGAGGAAUACCUCGAUUUUGCCACCCAAGUCGCAUACUACUUCUCGUCCAUGUCUCAAUACGUAGACUCCUGGACAAAAUACGCAGAAGAAUGCUAUAUGGGCAGCUCUGGAAUGCAGAACUGCGACGCCUAUACGAAGCAACGACUACCAACUAAAAUUUACCGGAACGCCAGUUGUCCUUUCGAAGAAGAUAUGUGCAAACUCAAAUUUGGCAACAUUGUAUUCGAUACCGGCUAUCUGGAUAGUAACUCUGACCUUGGCAUCAACGCCCCCGCAAAUGAACGAAUUUUGUUUCGCCGUGUUUCUAGCUGCGCUCCGCUCGAAACAGAAGGCUUCCAAGACUCUUUCCAAAUGUCUGGGGAAAAUUUCAACCACACCCGAUAUAACUUUGGAAAGGCCAUGGACGGGCUCGGGACUUAUUAUAACCAAAGCACCUACGAGCACGCAGAUUUUACUUGGACGAAAGAUGGAAAAAGGCUAGUUCCAUACAAUACACCUGAAACCUAUGAGCUUUUCUUAAGCACCGCAUUCGUUUUAAACGGAUCAAAUUUUGUUAAUCGAUCACAAUUUGACAUUAUCCCUAAACUGCAACAAAAAGACGCGGACAUACAUUUAUUAUUUUUAUCUGCCAACAAGGUGAGCUAUACAGACCCCAUAAACGACACGUGGUUUUCAGCUCAUUACCCGAGUGGUGUAAAUAAAAAUAAUAUGACCACUCGCCUCUAUGGGGCAGAUCGCUCUGGCUCCUUGUUAGCUUGCUCUGUCAAGGAACAGUACUGCAAUCCGAAUCUUCCUUUAGCCAGCCGUUGUUCACCUUUUGGAGGUACAUAUGAAUCAGCUGCGUUGGCAGAAGGGCUCUGGAAAGGUUCGAAGCACAAAAUAAUCUUCAAUUGGGUAAGCAGUAUUAUCACGGCUUACAGUACCACUAUUUUGGAUGUUGCUGGCAUGCUGGGCGCGUCUUCCUUGUUGGCUCGUUAUAGGUCCCAACUAUGGGUAUCCGGCCCACUACCGGACAACCAAUGGCAACUAGAAUUGGAACACUGGCAUGCAGCAUCCCUUCUUAGUGCACAAGGAAUGAUGGCUAUUACGGCAAAUGGGCCAUCUGACUCACGCCAAAGUCCGUGGUUGCGAAAGCCAAACAAUACAAUAGAGGAAAACCUGUGCCGAAGCCAAAAAAUUAAAAGCCUCGAACACACAAACUUCUCGGUAUUUGGCCUCAGCUUCACUCUAGCACUUGGAUUCGUCAUUAUAUGCUUAGCAUAUACCAUAGAGCCACUAAUAAACUGGAUCCUAAGACGCUGUAAGCGCAAUCCAGACGCAUAUAAGCGGCUCGAAUGGACAACAAACAACACAUUGCAACUACACCGACUUGCUCAUGAAGAGCUAGGGAUUGGCACAUGGGCUGAAUGUGCAGGAGAUGUUCCCGUUACCGAGAAAGGGCAACGGUUAGCUGUCUUGGAUCUGGACGACCAGAACCACCCUCGGCUGAAGGCUCCUCCACCUAUCCUCGACCUAGUUAUCGGCUCUGAAAACAGCGAAGGUGGUGUCACACCUGCAAAAGAGAACAUAUCACGUUCCUUAAGUGCAGAACAAAGCAACAACACCAGCCGUACGAACAUCUCCGCAGACCAGCAAAAGAACUCAGAGCCCACUACUGAGACCGACGAAGACGAUAACUCUACAAAAGAAAACCCCUCGCGACCUUCGACCGCAGAAGAAGAAACCAACAACGGCAGCCGUACGGAUAGCUCCCCUGCCCAGGGAAGGACCUCGGUGGUGUCGACGUUGACAACUUUCGAUGAAGAUGCGUAACGGUGUCGAGGUUUUUGUGCUUGAGCGUGAUGGGUAUGGACAGGUAGACCAGCGUUGC